AAUUUAGGAAGAAGAAGAGACCGUGAAGAAUGAUCGAGAUUGGGACAGGUUGAUUCAUGGGGUAAUAAUACCGUUGAUGACCGUUACGGAGUUCAAACCACUUGCUUCGUUGCAUUUAUGUCAUCUAUGCAAUCAUUUUCUAGGCUCUCAAUUGCUUUGAGACAUGGUAGAGAUUUUACAAUAUAUCCCCUUUUGAGGUCUAAUCGAACUCUUGCACUUACACUAUGCAAUCUCAAGCUUCAAUGGGAAUCUCAAUCCUAUCUAUAUCACUCAGCAAAUCAAUUCAGAACUGCCGAAUUAUCGAUACCCAAAAUGGAUGGUUUCGUAUAUCAAAGCGUGAAACAGACAAAUUGGAUGAUCACGAAGCUAUGCAGAGAGGGUCAAAUUGUCGAAGCACGCCAAUUGUUUGAUAAAAUGCCUGACCCAGAUGUGAUUGCGUGGACGAGUGUUAUCUCGGAUUAUAUACAUCGCGGAAUGAUUAGAGAAGCAAGGAAUUUGUUUGAUAGAGUGGAUGCUAAGAAAAAUGUGGUCACUUGGACUGCUAUGGUUAGUGGGUACAUAGGAAUGAAUCAGAUUUCAGAGGCAGAGAAGCUAUUUAAUGAGAUGCCUCACAAGAAUUUGGUUUCUUGGAACACUAUGAUUAAUGGGUAUUUGCAAAGUAAUCUAAUAGAUUCAGCAUUGAGUCUGUUUGAGAAAAUGCCUGAGAGGAAUUUGGUUUCUUGGAAUGCAGUUAUGAUGGCGUUGCGUCAAUGUGGGAGAAUUGAGGAGGCUAGGAAGCUUUUUGAUUAUAUGCCCAAAAGAAAUGUGAUUUCUUGGACUGCAAUGAUUGAUGGUUUGUCAAAAAAUGGGAGGAUUGACGAAGCUCGGGUGCUUUUUGACAUAAUGCCAGAAAGAAAUGUGGUUUCAUGGAAUGUUAUGAUUACAGGAUAUGCAAAUAAUUUAAGGUUGGAAGAAGCACUUGAAUUGUUUGAGAGGAUGCCGGAGAGGGAUAUUCCUUCGUGGAAUGCAAUGAUCACAGGGUUUAUCCAAAAUGGGAAUUUAAAGAAGGCAGAUAAGUUUUUCAAUGAAAUGCCUGAUAAGAAUGUCAUCUCUUGGACAACCAUGAUUACUGGGUACAUCCAAGAUGGUCAAAGUGAAGUGGCGUUAAGAAUCUUCUCAAGAAUGCAGGCGGCCAAUGGCGUAAAGCCAAACCAGGGAACUUUCAUAAGUGUUUUGGCUGCUUGUAGUAGUUUAGCUGGUUGUAGCGAAGGACAUCAAAUUCACCAGGUAAUUUGCAAGACAGUACAUCAAAAUGGUGCAUUUGUGAUAUCAGCACUUAUAAAUAUGUACUCUAAGUGUGGAGAAUUAAGUACUGCUAGGAAAAUGUUCGAUGAUGGAUUUGCAGGCCAGAGAGAUUUGAUCUCAUGGAAUGGAAUGAUCGCAGCCUAUGCUCGCCAUGGAUGUGGCGGUGAGGCAAUCAGCCUUUUCAAAGAAAUGCAGAACUUAGGAAUCAAACCCAAUGAUGUUACAUACGUUGCAGCGUGCAGCCAUGCUGGUUUGGUGGAUGAGGGAUUGAAGUACUUUGACGAGCUCAUAAAAGACAAAUCAAUACAAGUGCGACAAGAUCACUAUUCAUGCUUGGUUGAUCUCUGUGGUCGAGCGGGGAGGGUCAAGGAGGCUUUUGAUUUUAUUCAGCGGCUUCCAAUUGAGCCUUCUGGUUCUGUUUUGGGGGCUUUUCUUGCUGGAUGUUAUGUUCAUGGGAACACAAAUAUGGGGAAAUUGGCUGCAAAAAGACUUUUGGAAUUAGAGCCAGAAAAUGCAGGUACUUAUAUGUUGCUGUCUAACAUAUAUGCUUCAAGUGGGAAAUGGAGAGAAGCUGCGAAACUUAGGUUGAAAAUGAAGGACAAGGGGUUGAAGAAGCAGCCGGGUUGUAGCUGGAUUGAUGUCGGAAACAAGGUUCAUGUGUUUGUAGUUGGUGAUAAAUCACAUAGCAAAGCUAAUCUUAUUUAUUCUUUAAUUCGUGAUCUUCAUGUGAAAAUGAAGAAGGUUGGGUACAUAUCAGACAAUGAUUUUACCAUGGAAGAGGGUUUUCUGGUUACAUAAAUUUUUGAUACACGCAAUAUAUUUGAUUCAGUGAUAAAAGAGCUACUAUUGUGGCAGGGGAAUUGAUUUUUUCAAUAGAAUGAAAUUGUUUGAACUGAUACACUGAUGAGUAAGGAUGAGCAUCGAACUCAGAAGUAAUUGAUAUUGCUUUUUCAGGCAACAUAAGCUGGUAAUGGUGGGAUAUCAGUUUUCAUUUCAAGCAGAGGUAGGUGAAGAAGUGGAUUGAAUGAGACAAAGCGGGUAAGGGUGACUGCCAUUUAUGUAUCUUUUGAGGUCAUGAUUGAGCUCACCAUAAAAGAAUGUUAUUAUGAUCAAGUUUGACUGGUAAUGGGUGAUUGAAAUUAGCAGUAAAUGGAGCAUAAGGAGAGUAACAUUAGAAGAGAAUGUCUUGGAGCUAGUGUGUGAUGAGAAAAUAUGUUAGUAGUCCAGAGAAUCAUCGUGGCUUGUGUAUAUGGUGUUCUUGACCAAUGAAACCGUGCAAAAGGGGAGGGAUGGGGCCAACCUUGUCUCUUGUCCAGCAGUCCAAGGUGAGUUAAAUUAACUUCUCGUGUGACUAUUGCUUUCAUUGGUAUGGGGGCACCUGAGCUCAACUUGUGAGGAAUUGAAUGAAGUUCAUAUUUCCUUGAAUAAAAAUUGUCAAGGAUUCAUGUAUUUGGGAAAGAUGUUAUCGUCACAAACCUAGCUAUUAGUGUUACACGCUUAUCUCUCAUGGGGCUUCAUAGGCAAAGUGAGAUUCAAUUGCUUUGUCUGUAGAUAUCAUUAGCUCUACCAUGUUUGAUACAUGUUGCACUUAAUACAAGGCCUUCAUUAUAAUUGUAAUGUAAGAAAUGAAUUAAGUAAAACCAAGCAAGUUAUUGCUAUUGAAAUCUACAAAUUUGAAAUGUAUUAGUUUUUGUCAUUUUCUAAUCUAUGAGAUAUUAUAUAAACGACUAAUACAAAUGGAUAAUAGUGAUGGGAUUUUUUG